GCAGAAUCCCCGUAUGCAUCAUCCUGAUCCGUAUUGCCUCUAUGUAGUUUCAGCAAAGUGCUGUUCAGUUACGAGUUUGCUCCCCAUCAGACAGCACCUAUUGCUUGUAUGGAGCCGUGUCUCAGCUGUAGAGACUGCAGAUGGAGGGAGGAUGAACAGAUGUAGUGUAACCUAAGAGCGAUGGCCUCCAACCUCCUAGCGAUGGCCUAGAAAGCUGGGGUUCUUCAAUACGAUAUCCAUUUACUGUGCUCCCAAAAUUCCUGUCAUCGGAUUCUGGUGUUGCGAAUGUAGGAGGAAUUGUUGUGAAUGCUUCUUCCAGUGGAUAUCGAUUUUUCCUUGCAGCUGCUCAAAUUCUCUGCGAAAGAAGAUGGACAGUCUCGUUGAGUCUACCGAAGAGAAGGAAUGGGUCACCGAGAUCCUUGCGGGCAUGGACUACGUGGAGCGACCGCCAUGCGAUCCGCCCGAUGCAUUCCUGUCCUCGGUGCGGAAAGAUGUGAGUGAGCUUGGGAUCGAAGAGUUCAUGAGCUCGAUGCCAGACACGGGCGUGCGUCAAAAGGCGGCCUUCAAGCGCUUCCUGCGGGCGUUGCUCGGCGAGGAACAUCCACCAGAUUCCGCCGAGCCCGAUGCUCCGAGUGAGCGAUUUCACAUCAUGGUGCACAACAUGUGCUUGGAGGAGGAUCCUUACACACUGACAGUCCAAGUCAUACACGCCUCAAGGUGCGUUGACUAUACGUUGAAGCCUCUUCAUAUCGCCAAGCUGGUCCUUCCAGAAACCUCGUCCAUUGAGCUGGUGUCCAAGUCGGAGGACCCCAAGGUGACCAAGGUGUAUCGAAAACUUCUUUCAACUGAAGGCCUUGCGAAAGGCUCGAUACUCUAUGUGCCAAGCGGAAGUAAGGGCUUUCACGCAGAGUUUGGACCGCCUGUGGAAACCAAAGCUUCCUGGAGCGUCUACCAUUUUUGCAUCACUGAUGGGUUCUGCAAAGACAUGGACUUUUGGCACGUGCUGCCCGUAGACGAUCCCACAGAGAACUACACAGCAAUCAAAGCGUUUCACAGUAUCAAGGUUUGUCCCGUCCCAGGGUCGAAAGUGGUGGCUCAAGUAUGUCCGUGGGCACGGCAGGCCAAACCACCGCAGACAAAGAUCGAUGCGGCGGACUUCAGCAACAGACAUUCGUAUUUGGUGCAGUGGUACGAGACCAUUUUCCAUGUACCAGGAGCCUCAUUUGAGGAUUUUCACACCUGGAAUGCCCUUGCGGACUUGGAUACAGAGCCGGGGGAGCCUACCAAAAAGGCCGACAGCCGAUUUCACAUUAUCCUUCACAAUCUGUCGGAGGAGAAUGAGAAAUUUCGAUUGAAUUUGAAGGUCAAAUCACUAGACGAGAGAGUGGCAGAAUUCCAUUUGGAGAAUCGUCACACAAUCUUGCGACUGCCUGAAGGAUCAUCCCUUGAGGUGGAGUCCGAGUCUCAAGACGGUGCCAAAGCCUCUUUAACCCUCCAAGUUGAGAAUCUGAAGCCGGGCUCCAAUGUAUAUGUGUGGAGUGAACUGGACCACGAGAGCUUCAAUGAAGACGAGAAGGCGUUGAUGUGCAAGGCAUUGCUGUGUUUUUUCUUGCCACCCCUUGCCCUCCUUCUGUUCUGCAUUUUCGUGGAGAUGGCAAAAGGUCGGCGAGCAAAACGCCCAGCACUCGUCCGCCUUGAGCACCGAGUUGGCCCACCUUCAAGGGGCCAAGCAUCAGCGUCGGCUACGCUUUGGCAUGUUCUGCCAUGGGGAGAUGACGCUGACAAGACUGACAUGCUCCUUUGCCAGCCCCAAGUGGGAGGCGAACCAGGCAAACCCGCUGUGGCCAUAGUUCGUGGUGAGAGUUGCGCGGUGGAAACCAAGUCCAAGCUGGCGCUGACACUCCGGAAGUCCACUCCAUCAUUUGAGUUGACAGAGAAGGUUUUGGAGAUUGACGCCAGGACGCUCAGAAACGCUCAUGUCUAUCUCCGCAACGACGCCCAGGUUCUACCAGGAUCAGCCCUCCUUGACAACAACAAUCCAGGGCUCGAUGCCUUUGGAGAUUUGCGCCAUUCUUCUGACGCGCAGACGGUGGAUUUGGAGGCUAACGCUCCAUCCAACAUGCCGUCGAACAUGCCGUCGAAUAUGCCUGACAAUCAAGCAAGUCUACCAGGCACGGUUGGCGGGAGAAGGUCAUAGAGCCUCACAAAAGUGCCCUGAAAAGUUUCACGAAGUUGCUUUCUGCGCCGGGACAAUUUUUCCAUCAAGAGGCUAAGCUUCUUGCCACGGCCCGGACGCCAAACCCAAGCAUCAAGGCAGAA